AAGUGUGCUUUCUGGACGUCAUGGCAGAACUGCAUAUUAUCGGCUCCCUUGUAGGUGCAUCCAACUUUCCGCGCCCAGAGCUGUGUUGCAAAUGGAGGGUCAUAGCCGGUGAUGGGUGGAAAAUCCUCGAAGGAGCAACCGAGGGGUUGACGCAGGUGGAUGUACCAGAGGAUGAUAGAUUUACAGUCUGGAGCCAUCCAAUAGACAUCCACUACGCGACGAAAAGCGUGACGGGAUGGCCAAAGCUCCAAGUUCAAGUUUUUCGGCGAGAUUCUUUUGGACGGAACGAACUAUAUGGGUACGGGUUCGUACAUAUCCCAACCACACCUGGCGAGCACGCUCUAGAUAUUGUGACAUGGCGGCCUGUUACAUCUUUCUGGGACGAAGUAUGGUCAUAUUUUCUCAAUUCCUCACCGGCACUCAAAAAUCCCGACAUGGUACAUACUCCGUCGGAUCGAUUCAGGCUAACGACAUGCUCAAUGGGAAAGGUGCAUGUGGAAGUGGGCAUCAUACUGAGAAAUUUUGAAGGGUAUGGUGUCGCCAUGUGACUAGCGAUUGGUCGUUGUGUCAUGAAGAGAACGGCGGUGUAAAAUAUCAGACAGUUUGUGUUCGUUGUUCAGGCUAGUAUGUACAAUUAAGCCACCAGAUUGGGGUAUCUGGCCGAUUAAAGCGAGCUCCUACAGUUUCGAAAUAUAAAGGUAGUCGAGAGUUUCACCAG